AUGGAUAGCAUGAGUGAGGCAUUUGAUCAAAUGCAAAUGGUCAAGGAUGUUCUAGCCAACAGUGAUAAAGUUUCAGAGGUCCUACAAGAGUCUACUCAUCAGUUCAACCUGCUUACUUCACCCACCUUCCUACCAAAGGUCAAGGAUCAAGGGAAAUUCACUCUCCCUUGCACACUUGGGCAUCUUGAGAUUGACAAUGCCUUAGUGGAUUCUGGAGCAAGCAUCAAUCUGAUCUCUCUCUCCAUGGCAGAGAAGCUAGGCAUUGCUGGAGCCUUGCAGCGCCCUACUACUUCAAUCAUGAUGCGAUCUUCCCAAGGAUGGGGCACUCUAGAGUUGAGCCUAGAGGUUCAGACUUUUGUGCCACAAUUGACAGUACCAACUCUCAGUUCUAAGAGUCAUGGAGCUACAAAGGUUGUGAAGGAAAGGGUUGACAAAGAACCAAGAGUUGGGAAGGAUAAGGAUGAGAGAGGACCAAGGAUUGAGAAGCCACGUCUUGAGAGGGCUAGAGUUGAGAAACCACGAUCUGAUAGGCCACGAGCUGAGACUUGUUCAAGCCCCUUGUGCAAGACCAGGGAUAAAAGAAAGGAUCCACCAGCUCAGGCCCCUUCAGUCAAGCCAUCUCAGCUCACAAUGACUUUGUUCCCCACCAAGUUUGAAAAUGGGAAGAUUGAGUACAAGAUAAGGUACAAGGGGAGAUCAAGGCCAUUCUCUAGAGCCAAGGCCUUGGUGACUUCAGAACAGUCCAGGGACCCAACCAAGCUAAAGGAGCUUCUGUCUCAAGUCCUCACUAUCACCCUUGAUGGUGGGACUAGCUCAACCAAUGCCUAA